UGACAGCAUAUUUAUUCCCCCAAGACGAAUUUUAUCUUCAACUCCUACUAAUAGGUUUUUCGGAAAAAAUAUUUCUGAAAUAUAUUUUUCCUUUGUGGGCAAUACCUUAACGUAUAUUUAUAGAAAUGGCGAGCAUUGCAACGAAAGGAUCCACUUUGGUCAACAGGCUUUUAGUUCAAGCAAAGCCACAACUUGAAGUGUUCCUUAAAUACGCAAAAGUGGAGCUUACACCACCAACCCCAGGAGAUAUUCCAGCAAUUCGUCAAGGAAUCGGUCGCCUCAUUACUGGAGCCCGUACAGGUGCAUAUAAAAACCUGACUGUUAAAGAGGCAUGGUUAAACACGCUCGUCACUGCAGAGGUUAUAUUUUGGUUUUAUAUUGGUGAAUGUAUCGGCAAGCGUCAUUUAGUAGGUUACGACGUCUAAAAAUUUAAAUAUCCAAUUGAGAUACGAUACAUAUGGUCAGCAGUUAGGAGCAAUAAUGUAGCACCUUAUUCGAAAUAAAAAAACACUCUGCCAUCUUGGUUGGUAUA